UUUCUCCCUCAAGAGUCCAGCACCUUUCUACUGCGUCUCCCUUUUACCUUCGACUUCCAGCACGGAGCUCAAACUCCGUUAGUCCGGCGGCAAUUCUAAUUAUACGACGGCCAUGGUUGGCGAAGCUGAAGUGAAGCAAGUAUUUAUAGGAGCAGGAUGCAAUAGAGUAGUCAACAACGUUUCAUGGGGAGCCUGUGAUUUAGUCGCCUUUGGCGCCCAAAACGCCGUCGCCAUCUUCUGUCCCAAGACUGCACAGAUCCUGACCACGCUUCCUGGUCACAAGGCAGCUGUUAACUGCACUCAUUGGCUGCCCAGCGCCAAAUUUGCUUUUAAAGCUAAACAUGUAGAGAGGCAUUAUCUGCUAUCAGGAGAUGCCGAGGGCUUAAUCAUUUUAUGGGAAUUAUCUCUUAGUGACGGAAAGUGGAGACUUGUCCAGCAAUUACCACAAUCACAUAAGAAAGGUGUCACAUGUAUUACGGGGAUUAUGGUUUCUGAAACUAAUGCUAUAUUUGCUUCAACUUCUUCUGAUGGCAUUGUAAAUAUGUGGGAUGUGGAUUUUCCAUCUAUCUCUGGUGGUGAAUGUAAACUGUCAUGCCUUGAAUCUCUUUUUGUUGGUUCCAAACCAAUGGUGGCACUAGCCUUAGCAGAAUUGCCUUACAGUACUGGACAUUUGGUCCUGGCAAUGGGUGGAUUGGAUAGCAAAAUUCAACUUUACUGUGGGGAGAGGACAGGAAAGUUUGUUAGUGCUUGUGAAUUAAAAGGACAUACGGAUUGGAUCCGGAGUUUGGACUUCUCACUACCUACAUGCACAAGUGGUGAAACAAACAGUCUUCUACUUGUAAGCUCAUCUCAGGACAAAGGCAUACGUAUUUGGAAAAUGGCUUUACGAGAUUGUCUAGUUAAUGGACAGGGUGCUUACAAAAAAGAGGAAAUAACCUUGGCUUCUUAUAUUAAAGGUCCAGUGCUUGUAUCUGGGCCAUGCUCUUAUCAGAUAUCUUUGGAGUCACUUUUAAUUGGACAUGAGGAUUGGGUAUACUCUGUAGAGUGGCAACCACCUUUAGCUGCUGAUGUAGAAGGAAGUCCCUACUAUCAACCUCAAAGCAUCUUAUCUGCAUCAAUGGAUAAGACGAUGAUGAUCUGGAAACCUGAAAAAAAAUCUGGUAUCUGGAUGAAUGUGGUUACUGUUGGGGAACUAAGUCAUUGUGCUUUAGGGUUUUAUGGUGGUCACUGGAGCCCAGAUGGAUUGUCAAUUCUGGCACAUGGAUAUGGCGGGUCAUUCCAUCUCUGGAAAAAUGUUGGUGUUGAUUUUGAUGAUUGGAAACCUCAAAAAGUUCCUUCCGGGCAUUUUGCAGCCGUGACAGAUGUUGCAUGGGGAAGGUCCAGUGACUACAUUCUGUCAGUCAGUCAUGAUCAGGUAUUAUGUUGCAUAAGUAAACAGUUUCCUGAAAAUCCAUUCCUAUUACUGUUCUUAGAAUACUCCAAUAAAUUUCUUCAGAAUCUUCUUUUGGCCUAUGUUCUUCAGAAUUUAUUGUUCAUCUUUAAUCUCUUGCAGGCUCAAUCAGCUGCAGUAGCAGAAAUAUGGCUAUGGGAAGUAGGUUCAUGGAAGGCAGUUGGUCGCUUGCAGUCUCACAGCCUAACUGUGACACAAACACAAUUUUCCCACGAUGACAAGUUGCUUUUAGCUGUCUCAAGGGAUCGACAGUUCUCUGUUUUCACCAUCCAAAGAACAGGCACAGGUGAAAUUAAUCACAAACUCUUAGCUAGGCAGGAAGCACACAAAAGAAUAAUAUGGGCAUGUUCUUGGAACCCUUUCGGACAUGAGUUUGCUACAGGUUCAAGGGACAAGACCGUAAAGAUCUGGGCUGUGGAGAAAGAAUCUUCUGUCAAGGAGGUUCUUGUUUUGCCACAUUUCAGCAGCAGUGCCACUGCCCUAUCUUGGGUUGGCCUUGAUCGUAACAGAAAUCAGGGACUUCUUGCGGUUGGAAUGGAAAAUGGACUCAUAGAACUAUGGAGCCUCGUUAUCAAUCGAAACGACGAUGGUAGCAUUGCCGCACCUGGUGCGGCUGCUGUACUUGUUGCCAAGCUUGACCCCUUGCUCUGUCAUGUUUCUGCAGUGCAUCGUUUGUCGUGGAGAAAUGCGGAGAGAACCGAAACUUGCCCGAGCAUGCAGCUUGCUUCAUGCGGAGCUGAUAAUUGUGUGAGAAUUUUCGAGCCGUCUUCUCGAACAUCUUGCCUAUGAACUUUUCUUUUUUUGUUCUAGUGGAGCCCAUGAAUGGAUGACUGCUGCUCCUUGUGUUUUGACCAAGCAGAAAUUUAGGACCUAAUAAAUCAGGUUGUUCAAGAAUCUCCAUUAAACAACCAGGCUCUUAUUGGUCCCCCUUCCAACACAAUUAUUCUCCCAACUGGGACACACAUUGGAAGCAGAGUCCGAUUUAAAUUUACAAUCUCAUAUACAGAUGCGGAAGAGCACCAACCAUCCGAGUAAAUGAUAGUUGAUAAUUUUUAUAAAUAGUAAAUAAGACUACCAGAAAAAUUCUAUUUACCA